AUGCAGGAUGUUAAUACAAUGGAGAAGAAAUUGGCGGAGUACAAAUGCGACACCAACGAAGCUAUAUGCCUGAAACUCGUCCGUUUCCCCGAGGACGUGGAUGACGACAGCACAACAUUCCACCCUGAAUACAGCCAUCAACUGUUUGGCGAUGAUGAAGUGGCCUUUGGCUACAAAGGUCUUCAGAUUCAGCUGUUCUACAGUGCUGGAAACCUCAGCACCCUGUUUAAAGUCAAGUACUCAGCCAAAGUCACAGAGAAGUUUGACUGUGUAGAGCCUGAUGAUGUGGAAGGAAAGAUCAGAGAGGUUAUCCCUGCGGGAUUCAGCUGUAAUACUGAUGACUUUAUUUCUCUUCUGGAGAAGGAGGCAAACUUUAAACCGUUUGGGACGCUGCUGCACACAUACACCGUUCACAGUGUGGAGGAGGGAGAGGACCUCACCUAUCAGAUCCAUAAAGUGAACGUGUCGUGUCCGGGCUUCAAAGAGUUCCACGAGCGUUUGCAGACCUUUCUGCUCUGGUUCAUCGAGACAGCCAGUUUCAUCGACGCUGACGAUGACCGCUGGGACUUUUUCCUCGUAUUUGAGAAGUACAAUAAGGACGGGGAAACUCUGUUCGCCGUCGUUGGCUACAUGACAGUUUAUAAUUACUACGUAUACCCAGACAAAACCCGACCACGUGUCAGCCAAAUGCUGAUCCUGCCUCCGUUCCAGGGGGAGGGGCAUGGAGCCCAGUUGCUGGAGGCAGUUCACAGGUACUACUGUACCUGCCCUAAAGUUCAGGACAUCACAGCGGAGGACCCGUCGGAUAACUACGUGAAGCUGCGUGAUUUUGUGCUGGUGAAGCUUUGCAUGGCGCUGCCGUCAUUCUCCACUGACAGACUCAAACACGGCUUCUCUGAAGAGAUGGCCCAUGAGGCUCAGGACAAACUCAAGAUUAACAAGAAACACGCGCGACGUGUCUAUGAGAUCCUGCGGCUGCGGGCCACAGACAUGAGCGAUGUGGAGCAGGCGCGAGAUUACCGCCUGGAGGUGAAGAAGAGGCUGUAUGGACCCUACAGGAAAAACCAGCGAGAGAUAACUAAGAUGAAGAAGUGUUUGCGUCCUGAGGAGCUGGCGUCUCACGUGAGCCAGAUGGACACGCAGGUUCAGCACGAGGAGCUGGAGAAGAGCUACCAGGAGGUUCUGGGAGACUACAGGAGAGUGAUUGAGCGCCUGGCACUGGUCUAGGAUCAGUGGCAACGGAAAGGACAAGCAGGUGGAAGAGGAGGCUGCAGGACUGAGCACAGGCGACCAGUAGAACGUUCUGUUUCAUUUGAAUCCAUUCAGGCUCUGGCCCGUCACUGGGGUCUGGGGUCACUUCUCUGAGAAUUUUGGAAGGUGUCUUUUUCCUGCUCUGUGGUCAGGGUGGUGGCAGCCCAAGUUGUUUGUUCCGGUUUGGCUCAAACGCAGAACGUGUAGGCGGUCUGUGGGAGCGUAAGCCGUAAGCUGCCGUGUGUGUUGGUGUAAAAGCCCGAGUCGAAUCCUGCUCUGCAGAUGGGAUACCCUGACCCGGCCCACGGACAGAUUCACCACCUCUGUAUGCUUCUAGUGGCGUUAAGACAUGUACAGUUUUUUGACAAGCGACGUUUCCAGAGAAGGCCGACUUUUCCCUGCUUUCUGUGUGUGUGUGUGUGUGUGUGUGUGUGUGUGUGUGUGUGUGUAAUUACUGUGAGUGAGGCACAGUGCCCAUUCUUUCUCGUCAGAUCGGAGGGAAACUUUUUCUAUGUUGAUUCGUUUUUUGCUGUUAUUGUGCUUCCUGCCCUCAAAGCUCUUUCCUGGAAAUGUAAAAACAAUGUGGUUUUUCAGACACUUCAUA